GCUUCCAUUAAGAUAUUCAAGACAAGCGAACAACUAAACUGAACUGAACCAACCCAGCUCAUAAAAAAUGCUUUGUUUCUUCUCUAUUUAGACCUUCCUCAGUUUCAUAUAGCCCAACUACUUUUAUGUUGAUAGGUAUUUACUACGUACCCAGUAAUCCCGGUGGAUGAUUGAGGAAUGUUUUUCGUUUUUGUUAUUUCGGGAAAUUCCAAUGCGAUGCGAUAACUGCCAACAACAGCAGCGGCGGCGGCAACAGCAACAGCAAUAACAAUAAGUCCUCCUUUUUGACGCCUGCCUGCUUGCCUACCGACCUACCUACCUAUGUAGAUACCUACAUACUUACAAACCCAUCUAGCCUACCUAAUCAUCUAUUCAUUACCUUGGUUCUCAACAUACGGAUCGCUUGAGACUGUCCAGCGCAUAUUCUCCCGUACCGUCUCUAACUGGACGGAAAGGUGAGGAAAGCCUGUCGGCCGUGUCAUUUAUCACCAUUCAGCAUUAAUCACACUCUCUUGCCAUGGCAACAUACGACCAUACCAGUCGCCAAAGACCUCUCCUGUCUCAUUUUUGAUAUUUCCAUCUUAUGUCCCAUCGCAUCCCAUCCUUUCUGAUCGUCAAGGCCAUAGAAAUCUGGUUAGCCAUGCUCAUUGGUGCUAAUUCUGUUGUUUCGGGCUUCAACGCUAACUGGAUUGGAACCCAAUGGACCCUCCUCCUUUGCAACGAUACCUUUUUUGACUCACAAAUUGUCACUUCAAAUUGGCUAAAGGGAUUUUUUUUUUUUUUUUUUGGCAAACCUCUUCUAAUACAUCCUCGCGGCCUCGUGGCCCGG